AGCUGCUUAGCAAGUUUCUCUUUAUUGUGUUGGAUUAUCUAAAGCUGAUAAGUGUUGCAUAGAAAUGAUUCUUAAAGGAAAGGACACAAAACUUCACAAUAACCUGCUUCUUUGCAGGUGAUCCCUGACUGAACAUUUGGAGAUGGUAAUUAAACCCAAGCAAGAAAAGAACCAGAAAUUGGCAUUAUCAUUGAUUUAUUUUAUUUUUCAAAAGUUUAUAAAUAAAAUUACUCCACCCAGAAACAAAGCCUUCUCUUUUCAUGGGAAAUAUAAUGUACAAGCAUUUUGCUUCAUUUUUUUUUUUUUUACAAAUGGAAUAAGCCAGUCAACAUUAAAUCAAAGAUGCCUGCGGGUUCUCGGCACUCAGAGUAAUGUUAGAAAUUUAAUUAUGUAAUUCAUUGCUUCUUUUUAAAAACGUCAAAAUAUAUUUUGAAUGACUACACGACUGAAUGGUUAAACAUUUUAUUUUCUUUUUAUUAUUUAUUUCUUUAAUAUUACAGGUAAUUUGCUGAAGGCUCCACAUUUAGACAUAUCAGCAUUAUGUUCAUGCCUUAUUGAUUACAUUUAUUCAUUUUAUGUUUCUUGACUUUGUAUUGGCUUCCACUCAUUUAUAUUUCUGAAACUCUAACCUGCUCAGAAACAGGCUUUUAAGUUUACCUUACUAUGACUGUCUGGUUUUGGUUCGGCUCAUGAAUGAAUGCUUCAGGUAACCGUUUUGGUGUUUUUUCCCCCCGAGUCGUUCUGCAGUUUUGUUUCAUGAUUACGGUGCAGUUUGAACCGUUGCCUAAAGGGGGCACCAAACACAACUAUUUGAAAGCCUCGUUAUUAUCAAUCUAAAACGACUGCUGAAAGUUUGCGGCGAUAAACUAUUCUAGAGUUCCGGUUAUUUUCAAAAUAAGAUUAUUAGUCGUUUGCAACUAUAACUGCGUUUUCUUACAGCUUUCAUCAAAAACAUUUCUGCCGCUCUAAUUUUAAAACAUUUAGAAUGCGUACACAAUAAAAGUGAUUGAUCAUCUCCUUUGAGAGUCGUAAAAAGCCUGUUUUUUUGCAUUUGUGUCCUUCUUGUUUCUACAUGUUUCUCUUUUUUAUAGUUAAAUUUAAAUUGUCAAUGGUUCCCAUUAAAAACGUAUUUACGGGGGAGGAUUUAAUUUGUCCAAGACAUGUGUCCAUUUGUUUUAUUUUGAAGAUAAUUUUAUAGUGAUUCUAGAUCCGGUUUCUGAAACAUUAGCAACAAUGGACGAUUUUAUGAGUGAAGAUAAGACCACGUUCAUUGUCGAAGAAGUGAGCAAGAUCAUAAAAGAUUCUGUAGAAACGGUGAUAGGAGAAAACUCCUACAAGCAUGGCAGAGUGAACCAGUGGACCACCAGCGUGGUGGAGCAGUGCCUCAUUCAGCUCAGCAAGCUGGAUAAGCCCUUCAAGUUCAUCGUAAACUGCAUCAUCAUGCAAAAGAAUGGAGCAGGGCUGCAAACAGCCAGCACCUGCUUCUGGGAUAACAAUACUGAUGGAAGCUGCACAGUGAGAUGGGAAAACGACACUAUGUAUGUCAUCAUCAGCGUCUUUGGGCUGGCCAUCUAAAACUAUAGCAUUAUUAAAACUCUUAAAUUUUCUUGUUUUACACAAAGUAGAAUGUUGGGUGACAUUUUAUGAAAUGUUAUUUGUAUGUUAAGUGCAAUUAAACACAACCUUUAAUA